CAUUAAAUGACUAUAUUUUUCGGCAACAUUAGUCAAAACAAUGAUAUCGUCGCUCAUUAUAAUAGCAUGCGAGCUCCUAACGUUGGCUGUUUCGCUAACAGCACCAUCGGCUUCAAUUCGUCAAUCACGCCGCCUUGAUACGCAUCUUCUUCCGAACCGAGUAAUUGCCCAGUUUCCCGCCGGUAUCUGGAUCGAGAAUAUUGCCGUUCGCUCAAAUGGCAAUCUUCUUCUUACAAGUUUUUUACCAAAUGCCACUCUAUAUGAGGUGUCGGACUUGGAUUGUCAGACGCCAACAGUUACCCGCCUAUUUACUGUAGACGCAAUCACAAGCUUCUUUGGAAUAACGGAGACAUCUGAAGAUGUUUUUGCUGUGGCUGGUGGAAAUUUUAGCCAGUCAGCUGGAAUUGGCAAGGGAUCCUCUUGUCUUUGGAGUGUUGAUUUCACUUACGGCCAGCCCUCCUAUCCAGAAUUGAUCGCUACCCUUCCCGAUGCGGCUCUGCUCAACGGUGCGACAACGGUUCCUCAAAAAAAUCAUUUGGUACUUGUGGCGGAUUCAAUAUUAAACGCAAUUUGGCGUGUUGACAUGAAACAAGGCAGGGUGGACAAGGCGGCUCAAUUUUUACCAGAAAGAGAAUCAUCCUCAGCUGUAAACAUUGGUAUCAACGGGAUUCAUAUCCAUGACGGUUAUUUGUGGUUCACAAACGAUACAGCAACAGCCAACCCUGUGACUGGUGCUCUCGAAACAUCCAUGUAUCGAAUCAAGGUUGACGAUAAUGGAGGAGCCGCUAAUGGUGCGUCAGCUGAGAAAGUUCUCACUCUACCAUCGGGGGCAAUUGAUGACUUUACAUACGGCCCUGGUGAAAGGAAUGUUAAAUGGAUAGCGGCGAACAAGGAAAACAAAGUAUUUGCAGCUACUCCGGAUGGCAAAUACGCUGUUAUUGCUGGUGCGUCCAACUCAUUUGAAGUGGCAACGGCGACGGCCUGCAAAUUUGGAAGAACAAGAGCGGAUUCGUAUAUUCUUUAUGUCUCGACUGGCGGCGGAACGAUCAACGGCACGACUGAGGGGGGUAAAGUGCAGGCAAUUGAUACUACUGGAUUUCGAGUCUGAAGUAGAAUCAGUUUCUGUUUUGUGAGAAACUGCAUUUCUUCUAGAGUAGCAGG